CUAUUUUGAGCGUCAUCUUCACUCAUCCUUCGGACUUCCAGCCCUCAAAGUAUUGGCCUAUCAGCAAUGCUCUCCAACCUCAACAGAGAAUAUGCAGGUGCAGCUACCCCACCCUUUAACGGGACGACUAGUGGGAAACUUCUCUCCAACGUGAAGUCUUGACCGCCAAGAUAUCCCACUUACUUGCGACCGGCUCGGGGACUGCGGGAGGGCAAAUCAAAACCAAUACUGGACUGGGACACGGUGGAGAUUGAGUCUGCUGGAGGGGCAAGGAAAGGUGUCGGAGGUGACUUUUGUUGAAACGCCCUACUCUACAUCUUAUAUCCACUGUUCUGUUCAGUGUUUCCUUUUCAUACUUCGGCCCUCACCCUCCUCCUCCUCCGCCCUGAAAUUCUUUAAUACUUCUCUACUUGGACCCGUCACUAUGCGUUCUUCACUAUGGGCAGCCUCUGUGCUGUGCGCAACUGCUCUCUCCGCCCCUACCUAUUCUACUUCAGCUGCAGCGCGAUCAGUGGAGAUGAGGGUUCUGUCGGGUUACUUUCAAUUACUGGGACGGAAAGUUCAAGAUGAGAAGAAUAUGGCACAAGCGCCUGUGUGCAAUAUGAACAAUGCCGUGAUGCCUAUCGCUUCUCCAACCUCGCUACCACCUCCGUCAACCGGCCUUACCUUGAAACACGUAGCUAUCGGACGGGGAACUCAAAAUUACUCCUGCCGCGCCAACGAGACUGCCGCACCUGUCGCUCUCGGCGCAGUCGCAACUCUCUACAACGCAUCAUGCGUAGCCGCAAUCUACCCUGACCUCCUUUCCGUCUUGCCUAAUGUCGCAUUACAAUUUGAGCUCACGGACAUCGACCAAGCCACACUCUCACCAUCUAACCUCGCCAUUAGUGGUCACCACUACUUCUCCAAUCUUACGACUCCCAUAUUCAACCUUAGCACAACGGCGAUGGACUUGGGGUUCGCCACUUGUGCAAAGAAUAACUCAGUGGCGGCUCCUGCUGGUGAGCCCACAGGACAAGACGACGAGGGCUUUGGUGCCGUUACUUGGCUCAAAUUGUUGACAAGAGGUGGGGCCACUGGCAAUCUGAAGGAAGUCUAUAGAGUUAAUACAGCUGGGGGUAAACCACCUACUACUUGUGCUGGAAUGCCUGCUACGUUUGAGGUUGAAUAUGCUGCUGAGUAUUGGUUCUACGCGUCUUAGAUAGAAGGAGGUCAAUGAUGUCACGGCGCAAGACCGAAAAGAAACUUAAGUAUCAAAGUUCAAAUUUUAGGCCUAGUUCUAUACUGAGUACGCCAAUUUCUGAGAUUGAACAAAUAGAAAAAUAAGUCCAAGGCCAAAGAAGCAAUCUUUCGCUCAUUUCAAGUGAAAACCUUCCUCUUUCU